AUGGGCGAUCUCGCAGACAGUGACAUUCCAAACAUCAUGGCCGCCGCACAGCAGGUCUCAAUCACCGACGCCAAUGGCGCCUACCACAAACCUGACCACCUCGACUUGUCGUGGGCCCCGCCUCUCUACGAGCGCAACAUCAGCGAGGGCCGCCCAGUUCGCAUUGUAUGUGUCGGCGCUGGGUUCAGCGGACUCUGCGCGGCAGUACACUUCAAGGACCACCUCAGCAACUACGAGUUGCAGAUCUACGAGCGGGCCGAUGAUGUCGGUGGUGUUUGGCACCAGAACCGCUAUCCCGGCGUUGCGUGCGACGUGCCCUCGCACUCUUACCAGCUCAGCUUCUGCGAGAAGACAGACUGGUCGGCAUACUAUGCUCCCGGAUCCGAGAUUCACAGCUACCUCAGUACCGUUGCGGAGCGGUAUGGUCUGCGCAAGUUUAUCAAGCUCCAGCACACAGUCACCCACACGCGGUGGGACGAGGAGCGUGGCAAGUGGUUCGUCACCGUCACCAACGCCGCCGGCGAGAGCCACGAGGACGAAUGCGACUUUGUGCUCUUGGCAACAGGGCUGCUCUCCAAGCCCAUCUGGCCCGACAGCAUCCCCGGCCGCGCAUCAUUCAAGGGUACAAUGGUUCACUCGGGCGACUGGCUUGCCGCCAAGCUCUCCGACGACCCAGCGUUCUGGGCCGACAAGCGAGUCGGGGUGAUUGGAAUGGGUGCAAGUGGUGUUCAGAUCGUCCCCACGCUCCAGAAGAAGGCCAAGAGCGUCACUAACUUUGGCCGUAGCAAGCUGUGGAUCUCGGGCGGGUGGGGUUCCAAAAUGUUCGAGAAGCUGCACAAGUACAAGAAGGACCACGGGCCCAACUAUUUCUUCACGGAGGCUGACAUUGCCGAGUUCAAGAGCGAGGACGCGUACCGCAAGUUCCGGUGCGAAAUUGAAGAGGACCUGGGCUCGACGCACGAAUUGUCGUUCCGUGGCCACCCACUGCAAGACAUCUUUGCAAACAAGUUUACCGAGACUAUGCGGGAUAAAGUCGCCAGGAAGCCUGAGAUUGCCGACGCCAUCCUCCCCGACUUUCCCGUGGGAUGCAGGCGUCUCUCCCCCGGUCCGGGGUAUCUCGAAGCUCUAUGCGAGGACAACUGUAGCCUUGUAACCGACAAGAUCGAGUCUUUUACGCCUGCAGGUAUCCGGACUGUGGACGGUACUGAGCACGAGCUCGACAUCAUCGUAUGUGCGACAGGCUUCGACGUGACUUUUAUCCCCGCCUUCCCGAUCAUCGGACGUGGCGGUGUCAAUAUUCAAGAGGUGUGGGCCAGAGAGAGCCGGACCUACCUGGGCAUGUUCACGCCCGAGAUGCCCAACGCCUUCAACGUCCUCACGACGCAAGCGGCCGCCCAAUCCGGUUCUCUUCUCGUCGUACUCGAGCAGCAGUGCUCGUACAUCACCAAAGUGAUUGCCAAAUGUCAACGCGACGGGUACGCCUCCUUCGCCCCGAAGCGGGAGGCAGUCGACGACUUUCUCAAAUACACAGACGCGUACUUUGGCCGCACAGUCCUCACUACCAACUGCAAGAGCUGGUACAAGAAUGGCGAGACAGGCGAGGCUACCAUCCGCUCGAUUUGGCCCGGUAGCGGAUCGCACGCGUUCAUGGCCCUCCAGAACCCACGAUGGGAGGACUUUGAGUGGGACCGCAUCAAGGAACAAGAGCAUACCAUGAGUUGGCUUGGGAACGGGUGCGCACCGUACAUCGAUGGCGCUGCCGUCCACCUCGCUAUGCGUGGCUUCUACAGGCCCCAGACGCACUUUAUUUACUAG